CCCCCCCAUUUGCUUUUCUUUUCAUACCCUUUUCAUUUGGGUUCCUCAAAAACAGUUUAAAGCUGCAAACAAAUGGACUUAUACGGAUGUAAGCGCAGGAUAACAACAGCAUGCACACUCUUCCCACAGAGGAUUAGAGAUUCUGAAAGGGAAAUGCUUAUUACUCCACAGUUUAUGGCGAUUACUAAGUAUGGUUUAAUCUAAAUCCAUUAUGUGAAUAGUUUGGAUCAUAUACCGGGGUUGUAACUGUGUUCAUUCGAAAGGUCGGUGUCUAUUCGAACAUAUAAGAGAAAAAACAAGCAGACCCAGUUGAUAAUAUGGGUCAUUCGAUGCUUCGAUUUGCGUGCUUUUGAUGCAAACAGAUGCAUUUCAUUGGUGCCAACCCAAUCGCCAAGAAGAAGCCCCACCUAUGAGAUUUUGCAGACUACAGUUUCCAGUUUUUGUUCCUUGGUCUUGGAUUCUGAUGGCGUUUUUGCUUUUUUGACUGAUGGAUUCUCUUGUUUUCUUCUUCUGUGUAUGUAUGACUGUCUUAGUCAUGUCCCAACUGUAAAUUUCUCUUCAUAAUAUGCGGCAUCGUAAAUCCUUCUCGGCAUUUCUUGGAUGAGAAGGUGAAAUUGCUUUAUGAUCAAGAGGGUUUUGUUCUACGGCUUUUCUUUUUCUUUUUACUGAGGAUGUAAAUCGUGGGUUGAUUCUCGUUGAAGUUGAGAGAAGGGCACGUCAUGGGCUCUGUGGAAGAGAAGCUCAAGACAUCAGGGGGUUUGAUUAAUAACACCCCACAAACUAACCUUCUCGACGAGAUGAAGUUGUUGAAAGAAAUGCAAGAUCAAUCAGGGGCCCGGAAGGCUAUAAACUCUGAGCUGUGGCAUGCUUGUGCCGGUCCUCUUGUUUCCUUGCCCCAUGUGGGUAGUCUUGUUUAUUACUUUCCUCAGGGACAUAGUGAACAGGUGGCAGUUUCUACCAAGAGAACAGCAACCUCGCAGAUUCCAAAUUAUCCCAAUCUUCCCUCUCAGUUGAUGUGCCAAGUUCAAAAUGUUACCUUACAUGCUGACAAAGAUUCAGAUGAAAUCUAUGCUCAAAUGAGUCUUCAACCGGUGAACUCUGAAAAAGAUGUUUUCCUAGUUCCUGACUUUGGAUUAAGGCCAAGUAAACACCCAAAUGAGUUCUUCUGCAAAACUUUAACUGCCAGUGACACCAGCACGCACGGUGGGUUCUCAGUGCCACGCAGAGCUGCUGAAAAACUCUUUCCUCCAUUGGAUUACACAAUGCAACCGCCAACUCAGGAGCUCAUCGUUAGAGACUUGCAUGACAAUACCUGGACUUUUCGCCACAUAUACCGCGGGCAGCCGAAACGACACCUUCUCACAACUGGGUGGAGUCUAUUCGUUGGAGCAAAGAGGCUUAGAGCAGGAGAUUCUGUCCUUUUUAUAAGGGAUGAAAAGUCUCAGUUGCUUAUUGGAGUGAGGCGUGCUAACCGGCAACAAACAACAUUGCCAUCAUCGGUUCUAUCUGCGGAUAGUAUGCAUAUUGGAGUUCUUGCUGCUGCGGCUCAUGCUGCUGCUAAUCGAAGUCCAUUCACAAUCUUCUACAACCCCAGGGCAUGUCCUUCAGAAUUUGUUAUUCCUUUAGCCAAGUAUCGCAAAUGUGUAUACGGAACUCAGCUUUCUGCAGGCAUGAGGUUCGGGAUGAUGUUUGAAACAGAAGAGUCUGGUAAACGUCGAUAUAUGGGAACAAUUGUUGGAAUUAGCGAUUUAGAUCCACUUAGAUGGCCAGGUUCCAAGUGGCGAAAUCUUCAGGUAGAGUGGGAUGAGCCAGGAUGCUGCGAUAAGCAGAACAGGGUUAGUUCAUGGGAAAUAGAAACUCCAGAAAGUCUAUUCAUUUUUCCUUCUCUGACUUCGGGUCUUAAACGUCCAUUACACGGUGGAUUCUUGGCAGGAGAAACUGAUUGGGGAAGUCUGGUGAAGAGACCAAUGCUUCGUGUUCCAGAAAAUAUACGUGGGGAUCUUUCAUAUGCCCCAACUUUAUGCUCCGAACCACUGAUGAAGAUGCUACUGAGGCCUCAAAUGGUUAACCUUAAUGGAACCACCUUACAACAAGAUUCAGCUAACAAUUUAGUUAAGAUACAGGACAUGAAGGACAUGCAGAAUCCCAAAAUGCAGCAGCUUAUACCGACGGAAACUGCCUCUCCCGGGAAUCAAAAUCAGCAUCAUCCAGGACCUGCACAAUCUGACCCUAUCAGCCCAAAUUCAUCACCAAAAGAAAAUGUACCCGGAAAAAUGCACACCUCGGUGGCCAUUGGAAGUGAAGCUCCAACUGCAGCUGAUGGAGACAAGGCAAAAUAUGAUCGUGACUUGUCAGCCUCAACCCAUCAAUCCAAUCCCUUGCCCCCCGUUGGAGGUUGUGCAGAGGAAAAACUCACCGGUAAUGAAGUGAAUAUGCAAACACUUGUAAACCAGCUUUCGUUUGUGAACCAGAAUCAGAUUCCCAUGGAGUUGCAAUCCGUAUCAUGGCCGAUGCAGCCUCAGCUUGAAUCACUAAUCCAACAUCCACAACCAAUCGACAUGCCUCAGCCUGAAUAUACGAAUUCAAAUGGUUUGAUUUCAUCCUUGGAUGGCGAUGGAUGUUUGAUUAACCCAUCCUGUCUACCUCUUCCUGGAGUAAUGAGAUCACCAGGAAAUCUUUCCAUGUUGGGAUUGCAAGACUCCUCAACAGUCUUCCCUGAGGUUCUUAAUUUUCCCUUACCUUCAACAGGCCAAGACAUGUGGGAUCCUCUUAAUAAUAUGAGGUUCUCAUCUCAAACCAAUCAUCUCGUCUCAUUCUCUCAUGCAGACGCAUCUAACCUCAACUGUAUGGCCAAUGCAAAUAUUACGAGAGAUGUUUCAGAUGAAAGCAACAACCAAAGUGGGAUAUAUAGUUGUUCUAACCUUGAAAUGAGUAAUGGUGGAAGUACUUUGGUUGAUCAUGCAGUUUCAAGUACCAUUCUUGAGGAUUAUUGUACACUGAAAGAUGCUGACUUCCCACAUCCUUCAGAUUGCUUGGCUGGAAACUUCAGUUCGAGUCAAGAUGUUCAAUCUCAGAUUACCUCUGCUAGUUUGGGAGAUUCUCAGGCUUUCUCCCGGCAAGAAUUCCAUGAUAAUUCAGCUGGUACAUCCUCAUGCAAUGUGGACUUUGAUGAGGGCAGUCUUCUACAAAAUGGUUCAUGGAAGCAAGUGGUACCGCCCUUGAGAACUUACACGAAGGUCCAGAAGGCAGGAUCCGUUGGGAGAUCUAUUGAUGUCACAAGUUUUAAGAACUACGACGAACUGUGCUCUGCUAUCGAAUGUAUGUUUGGACUUGAAGGGUUGCUUAACGACCCAAGAGGCUCAGGAUGGAAGCUGGUUUAUGUGGAUUAUGAGAAGGACGUCCUGCUUAUCGGUGAUGAUCCCUGGGAGGAAUUUGUAAGUUGUGUACGCUGCAUCAGAAUCUUGUCACCUUCAGAAGUUCAGCAAAUGAGCGAAGAGGGAAUGAAACUUCUCAACAGUGCUAUGAUGCAAGGCAUCAAUUGCCCCAUGUCGGAAGGUGGGCGAGCUUGAGACUUGGUUUCCUUAAGCCAGACACAAGGUUGAUUCUGCCGCUCUGUUAGUCGAGAACCGAGUUGAUUAUAUUUUAUAGACAAAAGCUCAAAGAAGGCCACGCCGCAACUGUUUAGCAUGAAGGUAUUGUCUUAAUGCAAGUGAUUGUUAAUUGCCUAUUUGUAUCAGCAAGGAACAUUUGCCAAGAGCUCUAGUUGAAGUAGAAUCAGUUUAUGCAAAAUUGUACUCUGAACUCAGUAAAACCAAAAGAGAAAAAAAAAAAAAAAUGCACUGGCAUUUGCAGAAUGCCAAAGGCUUCUAAUCUUCAACAAGUUAGCCAGCUUCACUUUCUGCAAAGCCUUGCCACAAAUUUAGUUGAUACUCACAAACUAUUCAUCUGGGUAUGCGAGGUUCAUGAUGGAGCCAUAUCUUUGUUGCCUGUUUUUCAUUUGGAUAUUUCCAUUUGUCUAGUGAAUUUAUAGUAUGAUAAUAUAUUUAAGAGAUUUUUGCUCA